AUGCUGCUCGCACUGCCGCCUGAGCUCAUCGGCAAAGUCAUCGAGCAUGUUCUGCAGAUACGGGACCCCAAGAGACUGUGUGACCAUACCUCGCUCCGUCCAUUGUCCUCAGUAUCUCGCUGGCUUCGCGACAUUACGAUCCCUUUCCUGUUCCGACAAGUUGCCAUCAAGGGCGGCGUCAGCGAGACUGACAGAGUCGCUUUCCUUGCGCUAGAUGAGCGUAUCAGACGGUCAGUCCGACAGGUCAAUGUUGUCUGUCAGCUUGACCCACCCGAUGAAGACGAACCGGCGAAUAUGGAUGAUCAAAGUCAGAUCGUAGCAUCAAUAUUACGCAGUGUGCCUCUACUCGAAAGUGUUCGCUUCGACCCUCGGGGCUGGUUGGCAGCACACGCGAUGUUCUCAGAUCCGAUCGAUCUGCCAGUCUGGACAGACAGUCUCAAGGAACUCAAGAUUGGCAAUCUCGACGGUGGCCUUAUCGUUGUGGAAGAGCAAGACGAGAUUGCUCUGGAAGAGCAACCUCGAGGCAGUCCUGCUCGAUCGCUGCUCAAAUGGCUCCAUCAUUGCAAGGCGAUAGAGACAUUUGGCCUUGAGCAGGCGCCUUACCCCGACCUUCCGCCGCGUGCUGCAAUAUGCGAAGAGAUCAGACGCGCUUUGGGUUCUCUGACCGAGCUGCGCAAGAUCGACCUCUUGCGAACAGAGUAUUUGCCCAGAGCGGGCGAUGCGCCACAUCAGCAGGCUCGAUUGGAAGCCAUCGUGGCAAGAGCAGCCCUUACUGACUACACCGCUGGCCCUUCGAUCCUAUUGUCCCAUCUUCCAACGCUGAAGAGUAUAGACUUUUACUCGUGGCAUUCACUGCAACCACUGCAAGGUCACAAUCGUGUCAUGCACAGCAUUCAGCGGGUCAGCACACUGCUGAGCCACCUUCAUCGCGCAAUGCGCUGGGAUUUCCCACAUUUGACAGAACUCCAUAUACAAGAACACAGAGCGCAGUCCGAGAUCCGCCAUCUUACUGGAGCGCUACUCGCAGGGACAUGGCCGGCGCUCAGAAGGCUGUCCCUCUGGAGCGCUAGCAUGCUCUGUGUCGAAGACCUACAUGCGCUCUUCCAGGUCACUGUCGCUCGGAGCAUCACUAUUCGCUUGGGUUUGCAGCAAGAUGCGUGUUUUCCGUACAGCCGGACCAUGCCUGCUUCCUUUAUCUGGGCAGAGCUUGGUCAACGCAGAUUGUGGGAAGUCGACGUGAGAUGGCAUGCUGGCGUCGAAGCAUUCCUAGCAGACCAGACGCGCGUCUUUCUGCCAAAAUAUGCACAAUGA